ACAUAAAAUUGAGAUGAAUAGUUCAAGGUUGUGGCAAGUUAUGCCUUUUGGGUUGCCUAUACGUAUGUGGUAUGUAGAAGAAAUUAAGAUCAGUAGCGGGCGAAAACACACAUUUAUCUGGCCAUUUUAAACGUUUUGCAGCUUAACAAUAUAUUCUGUGAUUCCGAACAUAAAAUGCAGAAUCAGUAACGUGUGUCCAUUUGAAACUUUUUGCAGCAAAAUAACAGAAAUAAGUAUAUGAUCGUACGAUUCUGUCGUGCUCCGCAGAUGUUCUGUUUCGGUCAGUUGUUUUGUGCACCGUGACUCCCUCAGCAACGCGCAAGCGCUUUAAUGUCAAUUUUGCCCGUUUCCUGUUCACUCCAUGUGUUCACUAAAGUUUACUCAUGUGGUAGUUGGUAGUCAGGUAUCAGUUUCAGUUAAAUUGGUAAAAAUUUUGUUACUUUGCCUUUGUGUUUUGUUUUUGCGGCUGAGGAGCUAUAACCUAUAACAAUUAACAAAGACUUGUAACUCGAGGAGAACAGGUGAGUACGCACAAAUUUUGUAAUUUCUAUAGAAAAUUAGACUGAGAUCCCACAGAAAAUUUAAGACUAAGAAUUAGAAUCAUUUAAUAGAAACCCAGAUUAUUGCGACCAUAUAGAUUCUUUUCAGAUUCUUUGAGAUUCUAUAAAAUUAAGAUUAAGACGUACUUACUGAACUGAACAUUUAGUAGUGGUUAAUUUGAAUCGUUCAUUUCUGUGUAUUUUGUGAAAUUGGCUCUAAAUAUUCUGUAUCAUUACAUUAUUAGUAGUUUAUCAUUAUGCCUCGGAGAAAGGUUGAGUUGAGUUCUGAGGAAGAAGUGGAGUUAAUUAAACUUAGGCGAAAAAAGAGGACUGAAGCAGAACGCCAACGGAGAGAAACUAUGCGAACUAGCAAACAAACCUCUCAUUCCGAGAUUAGAUCUAGAGUUCAUGACGAGAUUCAAGUUAACAUACGUAACAGCAUUUUGCCGAAACACUGUCAAAUGAAUUAUCGAUCAAGACAAAAAGGUUAUAUUGAUACUUCUUUACUUGCAAUAGAUAAUGAGCUCGGUAAUGAAAUACUCGAACAUUAUAUUGGUGCUAUGUCUGUUACCUGUAUGCAUUGUAGUGCAAAACAUUUUCCCUCUGAAAGAGUUGCUAAUAAAGGUAAUUCAUUCAAUGAAUGUUGUAAUCACGGUGAAGUAUUAUUACAACCUUUACCUGUAUUUCCUACAAUUUUACAAUCAUUAUUCAACGGUUCUCAUCUAAAGUCCAAAAAUUUUUUUGAACACAUUCGAAGCUAUAACAGCUCAUUUGCAUUUGCAUCAUUUAAUGCUAAUCUUGUGCAUUUCAAUUCGACACGUAAAGGUCCAUUUUGUUUUAAAAUACAGGGACAAAUAUAUUAUCAGAUAAAUACAGCACUUUACCCAUCUUCUAAUGAGGCCCCAAGUUAUGGUCAGCUUUUUAUUGUUGACAGUGAUGAGGCAGUAGAAUUUCGUUUAAGUUGUAAUUCAAAGUGUGAUUCAGAAAUUGUGAAAUUAAUUGAGAAUGUUAUGCGUGAACAUAAUGUGUACGCUCAGUCAUACCAAAUGAUGGCUGAGGAGCUGGAAAAUCAGAGGUCAAAUUGCAAUAUUGUAAAUGACGAAUCUGAAUUACAUCUUUUAUUUACAUUGAAGCCUGGUAUGGAUAAGAAUCGUUACAAUUUCCAAAGGGUUAAUGAAGUCGCUGCAGUUUUUUCCACAACAGCUGAUGGUGAUAUUCCAGAGUCCUAUGUAACAGUAAGAAAUAAAAGUGAUAAAUCUUUACAAUAUGUUAGUACUAUGGAUGCUAAUGUGGAGCCAUGGAUUUAUCCUUUGUUUUAUCCAUAUGGUACUCGCGGCUGGCAUUCGGCAAUAUCUUGUACUAAGAAAAAUAGACGAGUCAGUCGAGCUAUGUAUACGAAAUAUAGAAUGGCAGUUCGUGAUGAAUUUAAUCCAUUCUUAAUGGGACGUCGAUUAUUUCAGCAAUGGUUAGUUGAUAGUUAUGUGAAAAUUGAAAAAGAUAGAAUACAGUUUUGUAAAGACAAUCAAAAGAAAUUACGGGCGGAAUCUUACCAAGGUUUGAUAGAUCAUUUAGAAAAGAGAUCUCAACGUAAUCACCAAAGUAUUGGAAAAAUGGUAAUUUUACCAUCAACAUUUCAAGGAUCUCCUCGAAAUAUGUUGCAAAAUUAUCAAGAUGCCAUGGCAAUUGUACGUAAAUAUGGCAAACCAGAUCUUUUCAUUACAAUGACUUGUAACCCCAAGUGGAAAGAGAUCAGAGAGAAUUUGAUGGAUGGACAAACUGCUGCUGAUAGACCUGAUGUAGUGGCAAGAGUAUUCAAUAUAAAACACAAAACCUUAAUAGAUUUAAUUGUAAAUAAAGGUUUUUUUGGAGCUGUACAAGCGUAUGUUUAUGUGAUUGAGUUUCAAAAACGCGGGUUACCACAUAUGCACAUGUUAGUAAGCUUAAAGCAAUCUGAAAAAAUAACAACUCCCGAAGUAGUUGAUCGAUAUAUAACUGCGGAAAUCCCAAAACCUGAAGAACAACCAAUAUUAUACGAUAUUGUUUCAAGAAAUAUGAUACACGGUCCAUGUGGAAAUUGGUGUUUAACAGAGCAGAACGCCUGUUCUAAACAUUUUCCAAAGCAUUUUAAUGAACGGACAACUUUAGACGAAUACGGUUAUCCCAGUUAUCGUCGUAGAAAUACUGGACUUUCUUUCAAACGCUUUGACGGAUAUAUAUUUAAUAAUCAGUAUGUUGUGCCAUAUAAUUCAACUUUGUUAAAAUUAUUCAAUGCUCACAUUAAUGUUGAAGUGGUGUCCAGUGUAAAAUCUGUUAAAUAUUUAUAUAAAUACAUAUACAAAGGUCACGAUGCUGCAGGAAUAACUAUUGGCGAAACAAACAAUGGAAUUAUUGAUCACGAUGAAAUUCGUGAUUUCAUCGAAACGAGGUAUGUUGGACCAGUGGAAGCUGCUUGGAGAAUUAUAGGUAUACCUUUACAAGGGAAAAGUCAUUCAAUUACAAGAUUACCAGUGCAUUUACCAAAUCAACAGAAUGUUGUAGUCAGAGAUGAUUGUGAUGAAAAUGAAAUAAGAAAUGCUUUAGAGAAACAAACAAUGCUGAUUGAUUAUUUUGCGUUGAAUGCGCGAGAUUCUCAAGCUUCACAGCAUUUAUAUGGAGACAUACCAAGUCAUUAUGUAUUUAAAAAAGAUGUUACUGGUGAAUAUAAUUGGCAACGACGUCAGAAACAAUUCAGUGUUAUUGGACGCAUGUACUCUGUAAGCCCCAGUCAAGUUGAACUAUUCCAUUUACGAUUAUUAUUACUACAUAGGAAAGGAGCUAAGAGCUUUGAAGAUCUUAAAACAAUAAAUCGAGAGGUACAAGAUUCUUACGUAACAACAUGCGUAAUAUUGGGACUUAUUGAAGAUGAUCAUGAAUGGAAAAGGGCUAUGAAUGAGGCUGAAAUUUGGAUGAUGCCAAAACAGUUAAGAUGUUUAUUUGCUCGUAUUUUAAUGCACUGCCAACCAGUUCAUCCGGAAGAGUUAUGGGAAGAAUUUAAAGAAGCAAUGUCACAAGACUAUGAAAGACGUUACGGCAGUAUUGAAGGACAACAAAAAGCCUACAUUCAAAUUAGUUCCAUGCUUUCUGCAGAGGGUUAUAACAUUUCAAUGUAUCCUUCCAUGCAACAAGUAAAUGACACUGAAUAUGCAGAUGAUGUUUCAAAUGAUGAACAAGCAAUAGAAGCAGCAUCACGACAAUAUGAACAUCUGAAUGAAAAGCAGAAACAAAUUGUUGAUAUUAUUUUGGAUCAAUGUGAUGAUGACAUAAAUGAAUCAAUUGUUUCUGAACCUCCAUGUUUUUAUAUUGAUGGUCCAGGAGGCUCUGGUAAAACAUACGUUUAUACAACUCUGUACAGUUUACUGAAGAAAAAGAAUAAAAAUAUUUGCACAAUGGCGUACACAGGCAUAGCAGCAACUUUGCUCCCUAAAGGCAGAACAGUACAUAAGACAUUUGGUUUACCUGUUCCUUUAUUUUGUGAUUCAACUACAAGCAUCAAGAAUAAUUCAAAGCAAGCAGAAUAUCUCAAGGAUGUUGAUGUUUUUAUAUGGGACGAAGCUCCGGUAGCACCAAGGUACGCAUUAGAUGUAAUAGAUAGAACUUUGAGAGAUAUUACUGACUGCAAUGUGCCUUUUGGUGGGAAAAUAAUGGUGUUAGGAGGGGAUUUUAGACAGCUAUUACCCGUCAAAGUAAAUGCUACUCGCUCUGAAAUUGUGAACUUAAGUAUUAAAUGUAGUCCCCUUUGGCAAUAUUUCCGUCAAUUUUCCCUAACAGAAAAUAUGCGAGCUCUACCCAAUGAACAAGAAUUUUCUAAAUUUUUACUUGAUGUUGGGGAUGGGUAUUUAAAUGAUAAAGAUUGUAACUUGGAAUUGCCACCAAAAUGUAUUUAUAAUUUUGAUAUCGUUGAAAAUACAUUUGGUACAAUGAUCAGAGAAAAACGAUUUGCAGAUCUAACUAAAUCAGCUAUUCUUUCAGCAAGAAAUGUUGAUGUAGAAGAAAUUAAUAAUAAAGUCGUGGAAUUACUAGAUGUAAGUAAUGAAAAAAUAUAUACAAGCAUGGAUAGUGUUGAAGGUUGUGAUAAUGGAGAUAUUAACGAAGGAAUUUUACCUGAAUAUUUAAAUACGUUAAACCCACCUAAUUUUUCUCCUCACGAACUAAAAUUAAGGAAAAAUUGUAUUGUGAUGCUGAUAAGGAAUCUCAACGUCAACGAAGGAUUAUGUAAUGGCACGAGGCUAUCAGUUUUAGAGUUGGGAGACAAUGUCAUAAAGUGUAAGAUAUUCACAGGAGAUAAAUCUGGAGAUAUUGUUUUUAUACAUCGUAUAACAUUAUAUUGUGAAAAUGUGUACCCCUUUACUUUUAAAAGAAGACAAUUUCCUAUUAAGAUAGCCUUUGCUAUGACUAUAAACAAAUCACAAGGUCAAACAUUUGAUCAAAUAGGGAUUGAUCUUAGAAAAGAUGUAUUUACUCAUGGUCAAUUAUAUGUUGCUCUCUCUAGAGUUCGGUCUUGGGAAAGUUUAAAGAUUUAUUUAGGAAGUCAGCGAAAAAGUAAUGUGGUUAAAAAUUAUGUUUUUAAAGAAUUAUAUAAAUAAAAAUUGCAUUGCAAUUUGUAGGAAUGAUGAAUGAAAAAUUCUAUUGAGAGCUAAAGUAAAUAUGAAAAAAUAAUUGUAAGCAAUUUGUAGACAUAAAGAAAACUAAGAAAAAUAUACAGGGUGGUGACUGGCGUAACGCAUCAUAGGGAUUUCAAUGUAAA